AUGGCUCAGGAGAAAAAGCAAAAAAUACUGGAGAAUAGAAGAGUAAAAUAUGAAGAAAUGGAUCAAUCAAAGAAAGAGGAACUGCUUACUAAAAAUAUGAAUUAUAAAGAAACAAUGAGUAAAGAACAAAAGCAAAAAAUACUAGAGAAUAAAAGAGCUAAAUAUGAAGCAAUGGAUCAAUCAAAGAAAGAGGAACUGCUUACUAAAAAUAUGAAUUAUAAGGAAACAAUGGGAGAAGAACAAAAACAGAAACUAUUAGAGAACAUGAGAGGCAAAUAUCAAGCAAUGGAUUUAUCAAAGAAAAAGGAGUUGAGUGCUAUGAGUUCAAGCAAAAUCAUGUCAAAUCGCAUCUCGUUGGAUCCAAAACAAAAAAAUAAUUUGCUGAAUAGAGAGAAAGAAAAACGGAUGGAAAAGAAAUAUCUAACUCAUGACAUUGACAUGUGCAUUGAAAAAUUUAAAAAACAAAUUAAAUCAGGCCAAUUUUACAUAUGCUGUGUGUGUAACCGGACACUAUAUAAAAAGUCGGUAGUAAUCCUACAGAAAAAUAAAUAUCCUCGCCAGGAUUGUUUUGUGCUUCAAUGUUCUUUUGAUGGCAAAAACUACAUCUGCAAAACAUGCCAUGCUAAAUUACUUAAAGGUCAACAGCCUUGUCAAGCUGUGGUAAACAAUUUAUUUGUUGAUGAAACCCCUACUGAACUUGCUGCAUUAGAGAAACUUGAACAAAUUCUUGUUGCCCAGAGAAUAGUCUUUGAAAAAAUUGUAAUAAAGGACAACAAAGAAAAAUUAAAGGUGCAAUAUGUAAUGUACCAGUUGAAUGUAGUCAAACAUGCAAUGUUCUUCCCAGACCACCUGACAGAUCUGGAAUAAUUUUACUUAAAUUAAAAAGGAAACUUCAAUUUAGAGGUCAUGUUUACUUUCAAGCAGUUCGCCCUCAGUUUGUAAUUAGCGCAUUAAACUGGCUUGUAGCAAACAAUCCAUUAUAUAGAAACAUUGAAAUUCAAUGUGACAACAUCAGCCCAGAGUUGACUAAUUUGAACUGUCCUGUUACAGAUCAAGAAAAUAUAGACGAGCAUUUGCAAACUAAUGUAAAUAGAGAACUUCUUAAUGAAGAUGCUGAAGAACAAGAUGAUCCAUUAAAUGAACACCGUUCAGCUGCAACUGAAACCUGUCUUCAGUCCAUCUUGCCAAAUUACCCUGUUAACCUGGACAAUAGAAACUGUGAUAAUUCAACAGGUAGAGAAAUUUUCAACAUUGCACCAGGUGAAGGUAAACACCCAGUGUCAUUGAUGACUGAUAAGCUUUGUGAGGAACUUUCAUUUCCAGUACUCUUUCCAAAAGGACGAUUUGGGUAUACCGUUGAACGAGACAUAAAAUUAUCUGCAAUAAAAUAUUUCAAUGCUCGCCUCUUGCACUAUAGUGGGAAAUUUGCAACCAAUCCAGAGUAUCUAUUCUUUCAUUAUGGAACAGAAAAAGAUCUCUGAUCGUAUAAAAAUCGCUCUUAAAAAGAUACAUGGGCAGUCAGUCACAGCAUCACAAGUAAAAUCAAACAGUCAAGCUUUUCAAAAUCUUCUUUUGCAAGAUCAAGCAUAUUUGUUUUUACGACAAAUUCCUGGCUCACCUCCUUACUGGCAAAAAUUCAUGUAUGAAGUGGUAGCAAUGGUUAAACAACUGGGAAUACCAACAUGGUUUAUGACGCUUUCAUGUGCAGACUUAAGAUGGCCUGAGCUAUUUCAGAUAAUUGCAAAAACGAAAGGAAACAACAUGACAGAUGAAGAAGUGGACGCUCUGUCCUAUCAUGAGCGAUGCUCAAUGUUAAAUUUAAAUCCAGUUAUUGUAGCUAAACAUUUCCAGUAUCGAGUCGAAACAUUUUUCAGGGAUGUUUUGCUUACAAAUGCAAACCCAAUUGGCAAGAUAGUAUAUUAUGCACUCCGUAUUGAAUUUCAAAUGAGAGGUUCACCACAUUUGCAUGCCUUAAUAUGGACAUUAUAACAAACGUACUUGCAGGGAGGUGAGUCCGGGAUUGGACGCACCGAGGGUGGCUGGAAGUUUCCCGAACUUACCGAGCGAAGCGAGGUGAGUUCGGGAAACGUCCAGCCACCGGAGGUGCGUCCAAUCCCGGACUCACCGAACCUGCAAGUACGUUUGGUUUUUAUCCCAUACACCGAGGCUGACCGAGCCAUACACACAUUUGUAGCUCUUCGCGAUAUAUUCGUCGAUGUUUUGUGAACAUUUUCCCGGCCAAAAAAUCACUGGGCAAGAAAAUACUUCUUUAUCUACGUCUACAUUACCUUUACUGCAUUUUUCUUUGGUUUUUCUUCAGUCUCAGUAUGUUAGUCACCGAAAAAGUUCUUUAAAGUUUAGGUUGAUCGGCUAAAUCUUGUCCGCCAUAUUUGUUAUUGUUAUUGCAACGUAAGCAGUUUAGCGGGUGAGUUCGGGCGAAAAGCAGGUGAGUUCGGCAAAAAGCAGGUGAGCUCGACGACAAGCUCACCUGCUCUAAACCAAUCAGAAAGCCGCUUUUAACACAGGUAUGGGAUAACUGAUUGUCCCGACUUAACAAAUGAUGCAAAAGAUGCAUACAUAGAUUACAUUGACCAACAUGUUCAAGCUUACCUCCCAGACAAAGAAACAGAUCCUCAACUUUAUGACUUGGUGAAAACAUACCAGACACAUAACCACAGUAAAACCUGUAGAAAGUAUAAGAACGUUGCAUGCAGAUUUAACUUUGGACAGUUUUUUACUGACAGAACAAUUGUUGCUGAACCUUUGGCUGAAGAUAUGGAUGAUGAGAUUAAAUCCAAUAUUCUAACCAGACGAAAGGAAAUUUUGUCUAAAGUUAAACAAAAAAUUGACGAUGUGCUAAACCCAAGCAAACCUACUUAUGAUCCACAUGCAACUCCAACUGACAUUCUAAAUGAUAUAGAUAUUACAGAGCAAGACUAUCAAUGGGCUAUAUCAUUAUCGCCAGACUCUGACUAUGAAUUGCACCUUAAAAGACCAAUAGAUAGUUGUUUUAUCAACAAUUACUUUAUUGCUGGGUUAAAAGGAUUUGCCGCAAAUGUUGACUUGCAACCAGUGUUUAAUCAUUACAAGUGUGUCACAUACGUUUGUUCUUACUUUACAAAGGAUGAAACUGAAUGUUCUCAAGCCAUCAUAAAUGCAGCAAAAGAGGCUAAAGAAGCCAACUUAAAUGUAAGAGAUGGCCUAAGAAAAGUAGGUGCAGCUUUUCUCUCGACUCGUGAAGUCAGUGCUCAAGAAUGCGUUUACAGGUGCAUGCCUGAACUCUGGUUAAGAAAAAUAUUCCCGAAAACUCUCUUUGUUAGUACGGACUACGGAUUUUGCUGAAAAUCGCGUUAGAUUUGCGAAGAAACAACAAGAACUUGAUGAGUUAGGUGAUGAUAGUACUGACAUUUUUAAGUCUAACAUUAUUGUCCGUUACAGUAACAGACCGAAAAACAUUCCUGUCGUUAAUGAUAUGUGUUUAGCUUUAUUUGCUUCACACUAUUUCAAAGAUUACAAAAGUGAUUUUAACGAAGUGUCAGAUUCUCAACCUGAAGUGUUAAGUGAUGACUUCAUGGAAUCUCAAAAUAUCGAAAAUCAUAACACUGGACUUCCCGAUCGAAUAAAACUUGUAAAUAGCAAAGAAAUUAUGAAGUGCAGAAAAAUUAAAGCUGUCAUUCGAUAUCACACUCCAAACAAAAGAAAAGAGCCUGAAAAAUAUUUUCACCACCUUCUUAUGUUAUAUUUUCCGUGGCGUAAUGAGCAGGAACUCUUUGGCGAAGACCAGACAUACAUAUCUAAGUUUUAUGAGCCAGAUGUUCAAGAGGUAGUACAAUGCAACAAAGAAAUAUUUGAGCCAGAUGGUGAUGCAAUUAAUGAAGCACUAGAAAGUUUACGAAACUUUGAUGGUGUACCAACUCACUCCUAUGAUCCAAUAAAUGACCAGGAAAAUGAAGAUUUGCGACAAAGUUUACCUGACGAUUCUGAUGAAAUCGAGUCUUUUAACGAAUCGUUGCCACAACAUCUUGCAUCAAUUCCAGAAUCAGUUCAACCACCUUCUGGAAUAAGUUCUUAUAAUCAACCCUUAGCAAUCAGUGACGACAAUCUACGAAAAACUGUAAGAUCAUUGAACAACAAACAACGUUAUGCAUAUGACGUAGUUCUUUCGUGGUGUAGAAAUAAGAUGGCCAACCUAAACACCCUUAAACCAUCUAAAGUAGAUCCGAUACAUGUUUUUGUUACUGGAGGUGGAGGUGCAGGGAAAUCACACUUAAUUAAAGCUAUAUAUCAUACUGUUACAAAAACAUUUAGACAUGCUCCAAUGAAUCCUGAAUUACCUUCUGUAUUGCUAAUGGCUCCAACUGGUGUAGCUGCCAUAAAUAUCAACGGAACAACCGUAAACACUGCUCUAGCAAUUCCAAGAGAAUGUGGGAAUAAUGUACCUGCAAUGUCUGACCAGAGACGAACACAAAUGAGAUUGUCUUUGGCUGAAUUGAAACUAAUCAUAAUUGAUGAAAUAUCAAUGGUCUCAAACAUGGGUCUGCUGCAUAUUCACCAGAGAUUGAAAGAAAUAUUUGUUACACCUAAUAGUGAACUUUUUGCAGGAAUCAGUGUACUUGUUUUCGGAGAUUUCUUUCAGCUACCACCAAUUGGAAGCGCAACAACAUUUUCAAAUUAUAAGAUUGAUACAUUCAAUCUACACCAUUCAUGGCAUGGCAUGUCUUUAAAGUGGCAGAACUAACACAAAUCAUGAGACAGAAAGAUGACCUCGCCUUCACUCAACUAUUAAAUAGAGUGCGCACUGCUUCACAUACAGACGAUGAUAUCAAGUGUAUUCAAUCUAGAACAAUAACUCCAGAUGAUGAAAAUUAUCCAUCGGAUGCAUUACACAUUUUUGCAGAAAAUGCACCAGUAGAUGAGUACAAUAUUGAUCGCCUACAACAAAUUCAAUCACCACAGUACGUUUUAGAAGCUUUAGAUCAAUUCCCACCUCAUGUUAGAAAACAGGAUGUCGAAAGAGUGUUGUCUAAAGGAAGAUCCGAAACUGGAGGGCUUGACACUAAAAUCCUGAUCAAAGAAAAUGCGAGAAUUAUGCUCACAACAAAUGUGGAUAUUAGCGAUCGACUAAUUAAUGGCCAGUUAGGUACAGUAAUAAGAGUUUAUGUUGACAAUGUUAGUAAUAAACCUUCUACAGUUUUUGUUAAGUUUGAUGACUGUAACGCUGGAAUAUCUGCCAUCCAAAAUUCGUCCAGUAGUUUUGCAAGAGAAAACAAUCUUGUUCCUAUCAAACCUGUAUUAGCGAGAAUUAAAGUCAGACCAGGAAAACCAUCGUCUCCUGAAAUGCAAAGAUUACAAUUUCCUGUAACUCUCGCAUGGGCAUGCACUGUUCAUAAAGUACAAGGAUUAACUCUGGAUAACAUUGUCGUCAGUUUUGAUUUAAAAAAGCAAAGGUAUUUUAACUAUGGUCAGGUAUAUGUAGCACUUAGUCGAGCAACAUCUUUAAAUGGCCUGCAUAUUUUAGGAAAACUUGAAAGUAAACAUAUUCGAGCUAAUCCUAAAGUCCAGGAAGAAUAUGAGAGAUUGCGUGAAACUUCGAGUCUCCACCCGCAUAUUACAACAGAUUUAUGUAACAUAGAAACUGUCUCCAUUUGUCUUUUAAAUAUUAGAUCAUUUAAAAAACACAGUCUUGACCUAUGUAAUGACCCAAUCUUGUCUAAAUGUGAUGUGCUGGCUCUGACGGAAACUCAACUUUUAACCAGUGUGCGAAAUGAUGAUAUUAUUAACUCAAUCCUUAACGAUUUUUCUAUACACAGACAAGAUCAUAAUUCUGACAAGUUCUUAAGUCUAGCUGUUUGCUACAAAGACACUAUUACAUUAUGUGAUACAGAAUAUUUUACUUCAAUAAAUGGUUUACGAUUUUUACUUAAUAACUCCGGUGGAAUUACCUUAUCCUGUCUACUGCUUUAUCGUAAGCACGGAGGUGACAUUCAGCAAUUCAUAGCUUGCCUACAUUACAUAAUAACUAGCUUGGAUAUUGACGUUAUAUUUGGAGAUUUUAAUAUUGAUUACUUUAAUGAUAACAAUAGUAGUAUUACCCCGUAUAGCGGCGGAAGUAAUUAG